AUGAAUGCUAAAUUUGAUGCUCCAUGCAGAUUUUAUGUAUCAGGGAAUUGCAGAGAAGGAGACUAAUGUAAAUAUUCCCAUGACACAUCAAAUAUUGAGAAAGUUAGUUUAAUUAGAGAUGAGAAGGGAAAACUAAAGAAAAAUAAUGAUUAUUAAUCAUAAGAUAGAAAAAUGAUAAGAGGAAGAGGUAGGGGAAGAGGUUAGACAGAUAGAUAUUAAGAUGAUGAAUAAACUAAAGACAAUAAUAAAAUAGAUAAAAAUGAAAGAGUUGAAUUUAACUAGAGAUAAUAAUAAUCAAAGAAUUCUUAUGAAAAAAAAGGAUUUUAAAGAUAGGUACAAUAAAAGGAAGGAAAUGAGGAUAGAUAAAUAAAAUAGAAAUUCAAUAGAAAUAUUGAUUAGUAGGAAGAUUAAAAUUAAUAACCUGCAUAUAAAGAGAGGAAUAAUGUUAAUUCAGAGAGAUGGUAAAGAAAUUAAGAAAAAGAUUAUGGAGAUGAUUAAUAGUAAUUUAGGUAGAAUAUACGUGGAAGAGGAAGAGGAAGAGAAAGAGGGAGAGGAGGUAGAGAAAAUACAUUUACAAGAAGAGAUUAUAUAUAAGAUGAAGAUAAAGAGAAAGAUAGAGGAAAUUAGAGUGAAUAGUAAAUAGAAACUGUUAGUAUUGCAAAAAGAGUGAAAAUAAAUGAAAUAUAAGUAAAGAAAAGGGCAUAGGUCUUAAAUUUGGAAUAAAAGAAAAAUAUAGAUAAUCUAAUUUAAAUAGCAGGAUAUAAUUUUUAAUUUUUAGGUAUUUUAAAAUCAGAUUCAAUUGAUUUUUAUUAAAUUCUAUUCAAAAGAUGUGGAAUUGAAAUAAUAGAUGAAGAAAAGAAAGUAACAAUUAGUCAUUUAGAUAAAUAAUUUAUUUCUGCUUUUAUAUAAGAGCAUUCAAAUAAUGAAUAUACUCUUGUGAUAUAAUUUUAGAAAGAGGAAGAAUCAUUUAAGAAUCUAUUGAUAUUUUAUAAUGUGUUUCAGUAGUAACUUCCAUAGAUAAUAUCUGAUAUUUCAAUGAAAGAGAUAGUCUAUACAAAUUUUGAGAAUGGAUUACUAUAUACAUUUUGUAAAGAUGGAUUGAUAAGAAUAUUCUAAUAGAAUGAGAUGGGAUAAUUCAAGUAUAUUUAACAUUAUAAUGUUGAAUAAUCUAUGGAGAGUGUUAUUAAAGUUGGAAGUAAUUACUUAAUAGGAAUGAGAAGUGGUUAAUUAUAUUUAUUUAAUGGAAUUAUCAUUACUGAAAUCCCAUAUAAAUUUACUUAGAAAUGUACACAAAUGAUAAUAGACUUCAAUAGAGUAAUCUUGAAAAUGGAUGACGAAGAUUAAACAUCUAUAUAUAUAUUGAGUUAGAAAUUAGAGAUAAUUGGACCUAUUUAUAAUGGAGAAAAGGUUAUUUGUUUAGAAUUAAUAAAAAGUUAUGAAAGUGAUAAAUUGUUUAUUCUUGGACUUAGUAAUUCUGUUGAGGUCUAUACAGAAAUUGAUAAUAAAUUGUAUCUAAUAAAUGCGAUAUUGAAUCAGAAAUUUAUGUAAAUGAAAAAGAUUGAAAUUACUAAUGAAAAUAUGGUUACUUAGAAAUUUAUUGUAGGAGAAUAUGAUGGAGAAUUGAAAAUAUUCAGUGUAGUACCUGAUUAAUGA